AUGGAACUGCUGUUGAACUGUUCAGACAGCUUCAACAUAGCAGGCCUGUGCUCUGGUGAUGUAGCCGGAAAAGUCUUAGUCCAUAUUUGGUUUGUGGUCAGCCUGCUUUUGGUUCCUCUUUUCCUGUCCGUCCUGUACAUCGGCUACAAACGAUGGAAGAAACAUCCACGCUCAGCUGUUAGCCACGCUGACGUCUUCUUCUUCAACAUUGUCUUUGUGGAUCUCAUUAAUGUUCUGGCGACUGGUUUGUUCUUUUAUGUUUCGUCCGUCAAAGUAUUGAAUGACAUUGGAAAGGGUCUGACCUGUUUUAGCAAUACUGCAGAGCUGUUCUUCCACACCCUCACCUGUGUGGAGCGCUACCUGGCCGUGGUUCAUCCAAUCGUGUAUCUGCGUUUGAAGAAAAGGGAUGGGGUCUUGAUCCGAAACAUCAGUACUGACAGCAUCAACAUAGCAGGCCUGUGCUCCGGCGAAGUCUUAGUCCAUAUUUGGUUUGUGGUCAGCCUGCUUCUGGUUCCUCUUUUCCUGUACGUCCUGUACAUCGGCUACAGACGAUGGAUGAAACAUCCACGCUCAGCUGUUAGCAACGCUGACGUCUUCAUCUUCAACAUAAUCUUUGUGGAUCUUCUGGGUCUCCUGGGGUUUGGUUUGUCCUUAUAUGUCUUGUCCGUCAAAGUAUUGAAUGACAUUGGAAAGGGUCUGACCUGUUUUAGCAAUACUGCAGAGCUGUUCUUCCACACCCUCACCUGUGUGGAGCGCUACCUGGCCGUGGUUCAUCCAAUCGUGUAUCUGCGUUUGAAGAAAAGGGAUGGGGUCUUGAUCCGAAACAUCAGUACUGAGAAAGAGCAGAGGAAGCACCAGACUGUUUGGCAGCUGAAACCAAAGAACAUUGAUGGACAGAAAGCACUGGUCCCCAAAAGUGAAAAUGGCCACCGCUACAAACAUGAUGGGCUGCCCGUUUGGUGUGGGUACUCGUCUUCCCGUCCCCUGGCCCUGGCCGACCCAAAACCCAGAGCGUGA